UAAUCUUGAGAUAGGGGUCUUACACCUCUGCAGCAGAGGCCGUGCCCCCAGGCACCCACAGACUCAGUCUCCUUGCCUCUCCCACCUACCCCAUUAUCACUACCCCUUCUCCAGCUCAUGGCGCGGCAGGGGACGGCAGAACUGCAGCCUAGCCGGACGAAGGCGGAGGCUUUUUGGCUUGACUUGGUCCGCCAGGUUCACUGCUGGCACAGACUUGCUCAAGAUCCCAGCACCAACGCCAGAAUCCUAGAUGCGGCUGGGCAGGGCUUGUCCCCGGGGGCCGGGGAAAGUGCGAAGCCCACUCCACCGGUUCUCAUACACGCUAUUUGUCUCGACAACAGGUAGCAGCUGCGGACACCAUGGACCCCAGCUCGCCGCCGCUUCGAGCCCCGCGCUAUUUCCGGGCCUUCAUGAGCAGCCUCCUCAGGUCUCCCACACCCGUCGUUUGAACGGACUCCUGCGUUUGGGGCUCCCUGGAGAUAUGUAUGCGAGGUCGGAACCCUUUGCACCGGGGCCUACGGCCCGCAGAGACACUUUGGCAACAGCCACAGCCCUGCAUGGCUAUGGUGGCAUGAACCUGACCGUGAACCUCGCCGCACCCCAUGGCCCUGGAGCCUUUUUCCGCUAUAUGCGUCAGCCGAUCAAGCAGGAGCUCAUCUGCAAGUGGCUAGGCGAAGACAGCCCAGCAUCCCCGCGCCCCUGCUCCAAAACUUUCAGCACCAUGCACGAGCUGGUCACGCACGUCACCGUGGAGCACGUCGGUGGCCCAGAGCAGGCUAACCACAUUUGCUUCUGGGAGGAGUGUCCGCGACAGGGCAAGCCCUUCAAAGCCAAAUACAAACUUGUAAAUCACAUCCGCGUGCACACGGGCGAGAAGCCCUUCCCUUGUCCUUUCCCAGGGUGUGGGAAAGUCUUUGCUAGAUCAGAAAAUCUCAAAAUACACAAACGAACACAUACAGGCGAGAAGCCCUUCAGAUGUGAGUUCGAGGGCUGUGAACGGCGUUUCGCCAACAGCAGCGACCGCAAGAAGCACUCACACGUACAUACCAGCGACAAGCCUUAUAUGUGCAAGGUGCGCGGGUGUGACAAGUGCUACACGCACCCCAGCUCUCUGCGAAAGCACAUGAAAGUUCAUGGUCGCUCGCCGCCACCCAGCUCUGGCUACGACUCAGCAGUACCGUCUGCUCUCACGUCUCCCUCGUUAGAAAGCGGCCGUGAGCCCCCGAUAGCCUGCACAGCGGCGGUGGCGGUGCGUGGCACAGACAUGAGCGAAUGAUGUUUCUUGCAAGGUAAUCUUGCCCUGCGCAGCUGAGCGCCCGCAUCUUGCGCCUGCAACAUCAAAGGGCUUUCUCACAAAGCAGUGUUUCUUCGCCACGGUGCAUCUUCAUGGUAAGUUAGGAUUUCUAUGGCAAUGGGCAAGUCUCACUGAAAUCCUGAAAGGCCGAGCCUGGAGCCCGUCCAGGCUUUUCAUUAAGGACAUAAUAUUUACGUCUAACAGGCCUUUUUUCUUGUGUAUACAAGUAUAUAUUUUUGUUUGACGCGGACUAAAUCAUUUUCAUUUAAUUUCCGGUAAACAAAACCCACGCGAAUGGGCACUUGUUCCCGAUCAUAAUAAAAAUGGAUAAUAAUGCGAGGGAAGAAAAGGGCCGCUUGAAUCGCCGCUCAGCCUUCUUUGUUUCUGCUUUCUGCGGUGAUCAGAGGGCGUAUUUGGGUUUGAUGGCGAGUUUCUAAAGGCGAGGAAAUGGUUUGUAAGAGGGAAAAGAAAAGGAGAAAGGUCCAAUCAAGCUCGGGUUGUUCAAAGAGUCGGGUUUUGGGGUUGAAAGUGUGAGUUUGACGGUGCAUCAGCACGCCGCGUUAGGCUCGCCAUGGAAAUGCGCGCGGGGAGCGGCCGCUUCAAAGGCGGCACACUUCACUGUGGACACUAUUAAGAUACAUUUGCGCUGACCUUUGCUUUCACGCCAUUUAAUACUGUCACUGCGUUCUCCAGUAUAUACUCCUCCCAGGACCUGUCUCGCCAGUGUUUAGGGGUUCAUCCUGUACCCUAAUGUAGGGGGGCUUUGGUACCCGGGAUUCUUUCGAGAAAGGGAGGAGGAGCCGGACUCCCGAGCAUCUUGACAGCGCCCAUAGGCCUCAGAGCCCCAGAAUCAAAGUAAAUGACUUGGGCACUCUGCGAAGCUUACCAAAAGAGCACCCCCAGCUCAGCUGUCAGCAACACUGAGCAGAAUGGAGACCUAAAACGAAGGUGGCCAACCUGGGGAAGUGCAGGAGCUGUUAGUUACACUGUGUUUCCCAGAGGUUCUCUACUGCAUCCUCACCCUAGAAGGCUUGCAGCCCCUUAAACUUUUCCUCCAAUGUGCCACUGUGUGGUAGCCUUAGGUAUGGGUUGGCUUUGGGCACAAACUGAAAAGCCCAAGGCCAAGGGGAUAGGGAAGAUGGCAGCAAAGUUAGAAGUCCAUGUUCUCUUAAUUGUCUUGUUGUUUAUUUUAUCCAAGUACCCUAGUGAAUAGGGGAAAAAUAAACACGGUGGAAAAAAAAAUCAAACAGUAGACUCUUCUUUAGUGCCCGUCCUUGUGGUUGAAUAAAAAGGAUGGUCUGCCUUCUAUUGAGCUGAGAAAUCUUUGAAGUGGGAGUUAUUAUCUGAGACAUUCCUGCUUGUCGUCCUAACAACGCUGAUGAAAUGUAAAAGGUUCUUUGUCAGCGAUUUGUUCUCCUCUCUGUCAAACUCACUUGGCCCCAGCGGUUUCAAACCAUUGCUAAAGAGAUAAAAUCAAAUUUCUUAAAAGAAAGAAAAAAAAAAUCCCUACACUCCACCAGUAGAUAACUUUAGGAAUAAGUUUUUCUAAGAGAGAAGGAGAGAGAGAGAGAGAGAGAGAGAGAGAGAGAG